AUGAGCCUCAGUUCGUCAGCCGUGGAUAGUGAUUCCAUCACAGCCAAAGGAACACCUUAUACCCACAAAGUCGAGUCUGAUGGAGAGAAAGCAACCCCCUCCCGCAGCCAGACGACAUGGCACAUGGCACCCGAGCUUGAAUCGAUACGCAUACGAGAUGAGCAAGGCGGCGAGAAACCCAGGAAACUCGGCGUGACCUGGCAAAACCUCACUGUCACAGGCAUCAGCAGCGACGCCACGUUCAACGAAAAUGUCCUCUCCCAGUUUAAUCUCUUACACAAGGGCAACAAAGGAGCUCUCACGAAGAAGAUUAUCGAUAACUCGUAUGGGUGUGUCAAGCCCGGAGAGAUGCUGCUUGUUCUUGGACGUCCUGGAUCAGGCUGCACGACGUUGCUGAGCGUGCUCGCAAACAAUAGGCGCGGCUACGAAGAGGUCACCGGAGACGUCACUUUCGGUAACAUGUCCGCAGAUGAAGCAAAAGAAUAUCGCGGCCAGAUCAUCAUGAAUACUGAAGAGGAAAUCUUCUUCCCAAACCUGACUGUUGAGGAUACCAUUGACUUCGCCGCCCGCAUGAAGGCCCCCUAUCACCUGCCCCCGGGAAUCAAGACACACGAGGAAUACGCCCAGUCCUAUAAGGACUUCCUCCUACGGUCGGUAGGCAUCUCUCACGCGGCCCAUACCAAGGUGGGAGACGCCUUUAUCAGGGGUGUCUCUGGAGGAGAGAGGAAGCGGGUGUCUAUUCUGGAAUGCUUGACGACGCGCGCAAGCGUCUUCUGCUGGGACAGCUCUACCAGAGGCCUCGACGCCAGCACAGCUCUUGAGUGGCUCAAGGCAAUCAGAGUCAUGACAGAUGUGCUCGGCCUCACCACCAUCGUCACGCUCUAUCAGGCGGGCAACGGUAUCUACGAACACUUCGACAAGGUACUCGUCCUUGAUGAGGGCAAGCAGAUUUUCUACGGGCCUCAGCGCGAGGCUGUGCCGUUUAUGGAGGGCCUCGGUUUCAUGCGAGACUCCGGCUCCAACCGCGCAGAUUUUCUGACGGGCGUGACAGUUCCCACUGAGCGCCUCGUUGCCCCUGGAUAUGAAGAUACGUUCCCGCGGACUGCGGAUGAAAUCCUUGCGGCAUACAACCAAUCUCUGAUCAAGCUGAGCAUGCUAGAUGAAUGCCAGAGUUACCCAGUGAGCGAGGAGGCGGCGGAAAAUACAGCCGUCUUCAGAGAAAUGGUCGCUCGCGAGAAGCACAGGGGCGUGCCCAAGAGAUCGUCAGUUACUGCCGACUUCUUGACGCAAAUCAAGGCGGCUGUUAUCAGGCAGUAUCAGAUCAUGUGGGGAGACAAGUCGACGCUGUUCAUGAAGCAAGGCGCAACGGUUAUCCAGUCUCUUCUCGGCGGCUCUCUCUUUUACUCUGCUCCCAACAACUCGGCUGGCCUCUUCCUCAAGGGCGGUGCGCUGUUCUUCUCCAUCCUGUACAAUGCUCUGAUUGCUUUUUCGGAAGUUACAGACUCUUUUACUGGUCGACCCGUUCUAGCCAAGCAUCGCUCCUUUGCCUUGUAUCACCCAGCCGCCAUCUGCAUUGCCCAAGUCGCUGCAGACUUGCCCAUACUCCUAUUCCAGGUUUCACACUUUGGUCUCGUUCUCUACUUCAUGGUCGGUUUGAAGAUGACCGCAGCAGCUUUCUUUACUUAUCUGGUCACCAACUACAUGACGGCCUUGUCCAUGACGGCUCUCUUCCGACUCAUCGGUGCCGCGUUCCCCACCUUUGACGCCGCGUCCAAGGUCUCGGGCCUUUCAACCGUUGCCUUGUUUGUCUAUAUGGGUUACAUGAUCAUCAAGCCCGAGAUGCAUCCGUGGUUUGGCUGGAUUUUCUGGAUCAACCCCAUGGCCUACGGAUUUGAAGCUCUUCUCGGAAACGAAUUCCAUGGCCAGCAUAUUCCCUGUGUUGGCCCAAAUCUUAUACCCAACGGUCCUGGCUACACUGAAGGAAUUGGCGGGCAAUCAUGUGCUGGCGUUGGCGGCGCAUUGCCCGGUGCCACGAGCCUCACAGGCGAUGACUACCUGGCGCAUAUGUCCUUCAGUCACCGCCACGUCUGGCGCAACUUUGGCAUCAACUGCGCGUGGUGGGUUCUGUUUGUUGCCCUCACCAUCUUCUUCACCUCCCGGUGGAGGCAGCUGGGAGAAGGGGGCCGCAAUCUCCUUGUUCCUCGAGAGCAGCAACACAAGUCGAAGCAUCUGUUUGCAUCCCGAGACGAGGAAGAGCGAGUUACCGAGAAGCCCGCGGCCGAAUCUGGAACCGCCACACCGGACGAAAACCUCGGCAACGACCUCCUACGCAACCGAAGCAUCUUAACCUGGAAGAAUCUGACGUAUACUGUCAAAACCGCCGACGGUGACCUCGUCCUUCUUGACAACGUACAGGGCUACGUCAAACCCGGUAUGCUCGGCGCGUUGAUGGGGUCUUCUGGUGCCGGCAAGACAACACUUCUUGACGUCCUCGCACAACGGAAAACCGAAGGCACUAUUCACGGAUCCGUCUUGGUCGAUGGCCGUCCUAUUCCUAUUUCUUUCCAACGCUCGGCCGGUUACGUCGAACAGCUGGAUAUCCACGAGCCUUUGGCGACUGUACGCGAGGCUCUUGAAUUCUCAGCCCUCUUGCGCCAGUCUCGCAACACAUCUACCGAAGAAAAGCUGCGAUAUGUAGACACCAUUGUUGGCCUCCUGGAACUAAAUGACCUCGAACAUACGCUCGUGGGUCGUCCAGGUGCCGGCCUCUCAGUUGAGCAACGCAAGCGUCUUACUAUUGCCGUAGAAUUGGUAGCGAAACCGGAAAUCCUCAUCUUUCUCGAUGAACCUACGUCCGGACUUGACGGCCAGGCCGCUUACAAUACCGUACGCUUCCUUCGAAAACUUGCAGAUGCCGGACAAGCUGUCUUGGUCACCAUCCAUCAGCCUUCGGCACAGCUUUUUGCGCAGUUUGAUACUCUCUUGUUGCUCGCAAAAGGCGGAAAGACUGUAUAUUUUGGUGAUAUUGGCCAAAAUGCAAACACAAUCAAGGACUAUUUUGGUCGUCGUGGAGCUCCUUGUCCUCCUGAAGCAAAUCCUGCCGAGCACAUGAUUGAUGUAGUAUCAGGGAAUGGGCACCCGGAUUGGAAUCAAGAUUGGAAUCAUAUAUGGCUGCAAUCACCCGAACACGACCAGCUCUCCAAAGACCUGGACCGGAUUAUCGCAGAGGCUGCCGCUCGACCUUCGGGGGCCAGUGAUGACGGACACGAGUUUGCAGCUUCCAUGUGGACGCAGGUCAAACAAGUAACCCAUCGCAUGAACAUCUCCCUCUUCCGGAACACCCAAUACGUCGAUAAUAAGGUCGCCAUGCACAUUAGCCUGGCGCUCUUAAACGGCUUCACCUUUUGGAUGAUUGGCGAUAGUCUCACAGACCUUCAGAAGAACCUCUUUACCGUUUUCAACUUUAUCUUUGUUGCGCCAGGCGUCAUUGCCCAGCUGCAGCCUCUCUUCAUCAGCCGCCGCGACAUCUAUGAGGCACGAGAGAAGAAGAGCAAGAUGUAUCACUGGGCCCCCUUUGUGACCGGUCUCAUCGUCUCGGAAAUUCCAUAUUUACUUGUUUGUGCGUUGUUAUAUUACGUCUGCUGGUACUUUACUUGUGGCCUUCCUACCGCACCAGAGCAUGCUGGCAGUGUCUUCUUCGUCGUGGUCAUGUACGAGUGUCUUUAUACUGGCAUUGGGCAAAUGAUUGCCGCGUAUACCCCCAACGCCGUGUUUGCAGCUCUUGUCAACCCCCUAGUUAUUACAAGUCUGGUCUCAUUCUGUGGCGUCAUGACACCCUACAGCCAAAUCCAGGCGUUCUGGAGAUACUGGAUCUACUACCUUGAUCCUUUCAACUACCUCAUGAGUUCUUUGCUCGUCUUCACUUCCUGGGAUAAGCCUGUCCGCUGCAGAUCCGAUGAACUUGCUGUAUUUAAUCCAGCCCCCAACCAGACCUGUCAAGAAUACCUUUCUGUUUACCAGCAAGGCAUGGGCGCGGCUAUAAAUCUCCUGAACCCAGAGGACACCGACGCUUGCCGUGUGUGUCAGUACACCCAGGGUGGCGAUUAUCUCCGGACCCUUAACCUUAAUGAGAAAUACUAUGGAUGGAGAAAUGCCGGCAUUGUUGUUAUCUUUGUGAUUGGCUGUUACGGGCUCGUGUUCGUCAUGAUGAAGCUCAGGACCAAGGCGACCAAAAAGGCCGAGUCUUAG